AUGGAGAUUUUCCAAGAGCUUCAAAAGAGGGUCCAAAAGCCUUUCUCCUUCUCCUUCUCUAAUCAUAUUCAUUCCUCUUCACAUCUUAGCUCUUAUGCUGCUGCUGCUGGCGAAAAAGUAGCGUCCCAGAUGCCGUACAAUUUGUCUCGUUGGGCUUCGUAUCCUCGUUUGUCAGAACCAUCUCCUGCUUUGAUUACCUUCCUUAAACAUAUCAAAGAUUCCAAGAGUACCGUCUUCUCUAGCUCAGAAGCUCGAAACCUUCUUACCACUGGAAUUUCUUCUGCUUCUGUUUCUCAGCAAUUAUCGAUUAGCUUCUCCUCGAUCUCAGAAGACGCGUCCAUCAAGGAACAAUCUUCACAGACCUCCAAGCAAACAGACAGCCUUAACAGUCUCAAGAUGCCUACCCAAAAGUCUUCCAACGGCCUAGAGACUUCAGUCUCCCCAGAAUCUUCGGAUGAAACAUUCCAGACGGCAAAGUCCGAAGAACAGGCCACUAUCGAUUCUCCAACUCAAGAGACAAAAUCUAGCAACAGUAGCAAGGAAUCAACCCCUACCAGAGAUGCUACCAGCGAUGCUACCGAGAAGCCAAAGUCUACCCAGCAAGUUGAGAUCUUGCAAGUCACCGCUUUCGUCGACAAGCUUCCUGCUACUUCCCUCGAAGGAGCCGAGCCUGUUCCAGCGAUCUUGGGAAGCAAGCACUCUUCCCAUCACAACCUUGGCACCAUCUUCCACGGCAAGGGAGAGCGAUCUGACCCUCCGGUCCCACCAAAGCCCGCCCAAUACGUUCCCACCUCCCACAAAGCCGAUGAGGAGAACCAAAAACAACCUGCCAUUCAAGAGCUGGUUCAAAUACGCCAACCGGCCGAGAGCAGGUCCCCAACCAUGCUCAUCUUCAAGGUUCUGGGCACCAGAACCAACCCAGAUACUCGCGAGUGCGAGUAUCACAUCCUCUAUAACUGGUCAGGGAGCAACCCACGCUUCCCGAACGGCCCUGUGGUCAAGGAGGUCUUCACUUUCGAAGACCUCUUGAUGCACAGGGCCGUCAUUACUCGGCUCCGAGUCUGGCACUCGACUCACAUUGGGGUCAGUAAGGACCCCAGAGUCGAGGAGAUGAAGUACCGCAUGUCUCCGGCGGAGUACACGGAGACCAACAGGUAUCCGUGGCCGCCCUUCGACCCACGCGGCUGGUACUGCUGCCUCAUUUGGGGCAAUUUUGGAUCAGAUACUGACAGCGAGUAA